GCGACCAAACUCGCUGGACACUGACUGCAUGCCUCGUCAAAAGUCGGGACAUUUUCAGACAUUUACAGCAUUAUUAGUGGCUGACCAACGGACAGGGAAUAUGGUUAACAUUUCUGUUUUGUUCUGUUUGUGGUUGUGUCGUCUGCUUGAUGUGACAGAUGCAGUGAAGACAAUAUCAGUGAUGGAGGGAGAUUCUGUCGCUCUAAACCCUGAUGUUACUGAAGUACAGAAAUAUCUGCUGAUACAGUGGAUGUUUGAAAGUACAAGAAUAGCCGAAUUUAACAGGCUCACGCAAACCAGCUCAACCUAUGAUAGUGUUGAUGGGAGAUUCAGAGACAGACUGAAGCUGGAUCACCAGACUGGAUCUCUGACCAUCACAGACACCAGAACCACAGACUCUGGACUUUAUAAACUUACAAUUGUCGGUGAAGAGACCAAAUACAAGAGAUUUAAUGUUACAGUCUAUGAAUCUCCACGGACUGCAUCAUCACUGGAAAGAUCGUCAAACUCAAAUUUUGGGACGUUUGUGGUGAACAAUUCAACCAUCAAUCAAACUGAGAAUAACAACAAUACUGAACUCCAUCAGCAAAGUUCAGACCAAAUCCACUGUUGUGGUUAUACUGAAGCUGUGAUCCGAUUGGCUCUCUCUGCUUUGGUGUGCAUGGCUACUGUUGCUGUGCUGGUUUAUGAUAUCAGAUCUACAAAAAGUGAGCUGAAUAGAACAGAAGAGACUAAAUAUUACCACCAGACUCUUGUGCAAUCAGACCAGCAGUGUGAACUGAGCAGAAGGAUGAGUUCCAUAUAUGUUGAUAUAUAAAGCAAACACUUGCUCCUUGCACAGCUUGGCCUAUUUAUUAACAGAUUAUAUUUGCAUUCAUUGACUGAUCUAUUAAAUUUUGUAUAUAUUACUCUAAACAUAAUUGCUCCAAACAAAAUGAUAAUUAGCAAGACAAAUAAGGUCGUAAAAGCAUUUCAUAAGCUAAGCUCUCAGUUCUGCUGUAUCCUUGAAAUGAAUCUCUCAGAGGCAGCUGGUGCACAUUUUUGGUGACUUUAUUUAAUAAAGAUCUGGUUUUACAAUAGUGUGAAGCUCAUUUUGUUAUAUCGGUUCUACUGUAUGUUUAUAAUGUCAUACAGCUUUCAAAUAGCAGUUGUGUGCAGGGCCGUCGCUAGUGGGAUGACAGGUGGUGACGAUUAUAGGGUCCCACGGCUGAGAGAGAUCAACCGACAGGCUGAGGCCAGCUUAAAAAGACGCUCAGGACAGUUGACGGGUUAUGGGACAAAGCUUAAGAUUUGCACGUGUUUUUAAGCCUUGCCAAUUUAAACAUUCAAAAGAGUUUAAAGCAUUCAAACAAGCUCAAAUGAGUACUCGCGCGCCAUGUUCGGUGCGCAUGCAGAGA